UCCCGCUCCCCGCUCCCGCCUCCCCGCCGCCGCGCCCCGAGCCUGCUUUGUGCGCCCGGACAUGGGAGCCGCCACGCCGCCGGGCCCCGCCGCCUAACCCGGAGCACCGCGCCUCGGCGGGAGCGGCCAGGCCGGUUGGGCACCAGGUUGGUCAGUUGUGAGAUCAGCUCUAGGACAGCAUGCUGCCAUUGAGUCUCUCACCUGUUUUCACGAUGGGGCUUCACCUGCUGGCAGCCGUGGUUCUGCUGCUGCCCCAAGUGGACCAUAUAAGUGCUGAGACGGAGGUGGAAGCAGAAGGGAACAACACUGGAGAGUGUACAGGAUCCUACUACUGCAAGAAAGGGGUGAUCUUACCCAUCUGGGAGCCCCAGGACCCUUCCUUUGGGGAUAAGAUUGCCCGAGCCACCGUCUAUUUUGUGGCCAUGGUCUACAUGUUUCUGGGUGUCUCCAUCAUUGCCGAUCGGUUCAUGUCUUCCAUAGAAGUCAUCACCUCCCAAGAGAAAGAGAUCACUAUCAAGAAGCCCAAUGGUGAGACCACCAAGACCACUGUGAGGAUCUGGAAUGAAACGGUCUCUAAUCUCACGCUCAUGGCGCUAGGCUCCUCUGCUCCAGAAAUCCUGCUGUCGGUCAUCGAGGUGUGUGGUCACAACUUUACGGCAGGUGACCUGGGUCCCAGCACCAUCGUGGGCAGUGCUGCCUUCAACAUGUUCAUCAUCAUCGCACUCUGUGUUUACGUGGUGCCUGACGGAGAGACACGUAAGAUCAAACACCUGCGGGUGUUCUUCGUGACGGCGGCCUGGAGCAUCUUUGCCUACACCUGGCUGUACAUCAUCCUGUCUGUCAUCUCCCCGGGGGUCGUGGAGGUCUGGGAAGGCCUGCUCACCUUCUUCUUCUUUCCUAUCUGCGUGGUCUUUGCCUGGGUGGCCGACCGGCGACUCCUCUUCUACAAGUAUGUCUAUAAGAGGUACCGGGCAGGUAAGCAGAGAGGUAUGAUCAUCGAGCACGAGGGCGACAGGCCUGCCUCCAAGACAGACAUCGAGAUGGAUGGCAAGGUGGUCAACUCCCAUGUGGACAACUUCCUGGAUGGUGCGCUGGUGCUGGAGGUGGACGAGCGGGACCAGGAUGACGAGGAGGCCCGGCGGGAGAUGGCGCGUAUCCUCAAAGAGCUCAAGCAGAAGCACCCAGACAAAGAGACAGAGCAGCUGAUUGAGCUGGCCAACUACCAAGUGCUGAGCCAGCAGCAGAAGAGCAGAGCCUUCUACCGAAUCCAGGCCACACGGCUUAUGACGGGCGCGGGCAAUAUCCUUAAAAGGCACGCGGCCGAUCAGGCACGCAAGGCAGUCAGCAUGCAUGAGGUCAACGUGGAGGGAACCGAUGGCGACCCGGUCAGCAGGGUCUCCUUCGAGCAGGCCACCUACCAGUGCCUGGAGAACUGUGGCACCGUGGCCCUGACCGUAGUGCGCAAGGGGGGUGACCUCAGCCACACGGUGCUGGUGGACUUCCGCACGGAGGAUGGCACAGCCAAUGCCGGCUCUGACUAUGAGUUCACCGAGGGCACCGUGCUCUUCAAGCCCGGCGAGACGCAGAAGGAGAUCCGCGUGGGCAUCAUUGAUGAUGACAUCUUCGAGGAAGACGAGAACUUCCUGGUGCACCUGAGCAAUGUCAAGGUGUCUGCUGAGUCCUCUGAAGACAGCAUCCUGGAGGCCAACCAUGUGUCCAGCCUGGCCUGCUUGGGCUCCCCAGCCACCGCCACUGUCACCAUCUUCGAUGACGACCACGCUGGCAUCUUUACCUUUGAGGAGCCAGUCACCCACGUGAGCGAGAGCAUUGGCAUCAUGGAGGUGAAGGUCUUGCGCACGUCGGGGGCCCGGGGGAACGUGAUCGUGCCCUACAAGACCGUCGAAGGCACCGCCCGGGGCGGAGGAGAGGACUUUGAGGAUACCUGUGGGGAGCUGGAGUUCCAGAAUGAUGAGAUUGUGAAGAUCAUUACCAUUAGAAUAUUUGACCGGGAGGAAUAUGAGAAAGAGUGCAGUUUCUCCCUUGUGCUUGAGGAACCAAAAUGGAUGAGAAGAGGAAUGAAAGGUGUGAGAAUAUACCAACACGGUCCAUUCAGCCUUAUUCCCCAAAAUAUUUAUGGCCAGCCUGUCUUCAGGAAAGUUCAUGCUAGAGAUCGUCCGCUCCCCUCCACCGUCAUCACCAUCGCAGACGAGUAUGACGACAAGCAGCCCCUGACCAGCAAGGAGGAGGAGGAGCGGCGCAUCGCUGAGCUAGGGCGCCCCAUCCUGGGGGAGCACACCAAGCUGGAGGUCAUCAUUGAGGAGUCCUACGAGUUCAAGAGCACUGUGGACAAGCUUAUCAAGAAGACAAACCUCGCCCUGGUGGUCGGGACAAACAGCUGGAGGGAGCAGUUCAUUGAAGCUAUCACUGUCAGCGCUGGGGAAGAUGACGAUGAUGAUGAGUGUGGGGAGGAGAAGCUGCCCUCCUGCUUUGAUUACGUGAUGCACUUCCUGACAGUCUUCUGGAAGGUUCUCUUUGCUUUUGUACCCCCAACGGAAUACUGGAAUGGCUGGGCCUGCUUCAUCGUGUCCAUCCUCAUGAUCGGCCUGUUGACGGCCUUCAUCGGGGACCUGGCCUCCCACUUUGGCUGCACCAUCGGCCUCAAGGACUCGGUGACUGCGGUGGUGUUUGUGGCGCUGGGGACUUCCGUGCCAGACACCUUCGCCAGCAAGGUGGCAGCCACGCAGGACCAGUACGCAGAUGCCUCCAUCGGCAAUGUGACAGGUAGCAACGCCGUCAACGUCUUCCUGGGCAUCGGAGUGGCCUGGUCCAUCGCCGCCAUCUACCACGCCGCCAACGGGGAACAGUUCCGAGUGUCCCCCGGCACACUGGCCUUCUCGGUCACACUUUUCACCAUCUUCGCUUUCAUCAACGUUGGGGUCCUGCUGUACAGGCGGCGGCCUGAGAUCGGAGGUGAGCUGGGGGGGCCCCGGACUGCCAAGCUGCUCACAUCCUCCCUCUUCGUGCUCCUCUGGCUCUUGUACAUUCUCUUCUCCUCCUUGGAGGCCUACUGCCACAUAAAAGGCUUCUAGAGGAACACUCCCAGAUAGUGAAUUUAUAUAAAUAUAUAUAAAUAUGCAUAUAGAGAAAGAAAAACGAUGUAUAACGAACAGAGGAAGCGGCCUGUGUGCUAGGGCUUCCGUGGGGACCGUCACUUCCCUCUCCCAGGACCUCGUCACCCAGAGCAAGACUGUCAGCAGCUCAGCCAACACCCAGGGCUGUGUUUCCUUCGGGUUUGCCGGUCCUCAAGUCUCUGUUUUCUGUUUCUGCCUGUUUCUGAUGAGGGUCGGGCAGGGUGGUGACUGUCACUUGGCUUCUGUUCUGAUGGGCUUUGUUUUUAUUGCCUGGGGAGGGAUUGUAGGGAGUGGGUGCUUCUCUCAGAGCAGGGGAUGGGCCUGCCUGAAGACUCCUGGGUUUUGAUAAAAACUGAAACUGAUAAGAUUUAGUUACCCUGUCCGAGUGCUCUGAGAUGUUUUGGCAUGAGAAAGGAGGUGAUUGGUGGUGGAUGAAGAAGGCGGUCCUGGUUCUCCAUCAAGAUGCCAUGCUUAGAAGCCCCACUCAUGCUGAACCUAAACCUUAACUUGAACCCCAACAGAAGCCCCAACCCUUAUCUUAAUCCUAAACUCUGUCUGGCAACCAACUCAAACUCCAAUACAAACUCCAAGCACCAGUCCUCACCUUCAACACUAACUCUAACCUAUUCUGAAACCCUUACCCUUGGCCAUAACCCUUACCCUAACUUGGCCUCACCAGAACCCAGACACUACCCACACAUCAAGUCCUAAAUGAUAACACUACCCCUAAUCCAAGCCCUAGACCCUAAUACUCACUGCAAAGCCUGACCUAACUAUAAAUUAUAGGUGCAGCUUGGGAGUUCAAAAGGAAGGAACCACACAAACGCAGGUUCUCUGUUUGGUCUGUUAUCACAGAAUAAGAUAGACACAAGGGUCAAAGACUUGUUCAAUGGAUGGGAUUCACACAACUAGGUUCAAGUGCCUCGCUCCUGGAACAUGCACACUCCUUGGCUUCCUCUCUGCCUCUGGACUACACUUAGUAAGGUCCUUAUAGUAAAGCCCCUGCUCUCCACCCUACCCCCAUUCUAUAAACAGGAAGUAGAGCCCCACCAACAAAGCACACCACCCAUCCCAUUACCCUCCCUCACACACAGGCACCUCCUAGACCUGCCUCCCAACCAUCUGGGAGGCCCCUCUUUUAUUUUCAGAAGCAACCAAGGCUUGCAAGGUCAUGUGUUCCUUCCUCUUGUGGCUGCCUUGGGGACUUCAUGGCUGCUGUCCCAUGUGUGGAUGACAGCCCAAUAGGACAGUAUGCACUUGUACACAGUAGAGCAGAGUCUUCCUUGGUCUGGCCUGGCCUCCCCUGUCUCACUGUGAAGCAGGCAGGGGACGUCCCACUCUGUGUUGAAGCUUUUGUGUGCUCCUCUAGUCUGGUCAUCACUUGAGCUACUCGGGGGUGAUGGUGGGUUCCUGGAGUUGCACCUUUAUUUCUGAGAAGUAAUAAAUGUCCUGUAAGAAAUGCAUCUCUAGAGAGACUGCAGGUGAGGACAAAGCGUCUUCAUGAAGAGGGGGCCAGCAGGGAGCAGGCAAGGGGCUUCUAGAACCUUCUGUUGCCUUGGGAAGUUCUAGGAAGAAAGACAUGGUAGAAAGGAAGCUACCUUGGCUGUGCCUGGGCAUCAGGGCCAUGUUUUCCACAGCAAUUCCUUCCCAAGUGUCUAUUUCUCAUAUGCUCCGGGAGACAGGCACAGAUUGUGGAGAGGACUGGUGUGUUGGUUUACUUCUUUAUUUAUGUAGUGGUUCUUUUUGAGCCCUGUUGGUGUCACCUAUUAACCCUCUCAGAAUGUAUUUGCAGGUUCUAUAGCCAGAGUUAAAGAUGGGAGGCAGGGAGUCAAAGUGUGUCCCUUCUGUGAAUUAAAAAAAGCCAUUAAUUGAGAAGAUCAGGUACCCCCUCCCCAGGGUUCCACCCAGAUGUGUUUGACACUAUGGAAGAGUCACUCCAGAGCCUGGACAGACCCACACUCCAUGGCAGUGUGUACACUCCUGAAGACAGAGAGUCUGACUUCAGUCCCCUGUAAGAGACAUCUCUAUCUAAAAGGAACCCCACCCCACCCUGCCCCACUCAUUGUAUCACAAUAUUUAAAGCUCCUGGGGAAAUAAAAGCAGUUGUGACUCUUUCUGUCUCCUUCCUUUUGGUCAUCAUGCCCAAUCAUCUUUCAUAACUAUUUGGGGAGUGGACACAUCAUUACUGUUGAUUCCCCCAUUCAAGAUGUCAGGCUCUGUGCUCCCUUUUUGGGACUGAGUCACACAUGAGAUCACCUCAUCCCUUACCUUUGCCAGCGGGGGGCAGGGGGCUCACAAUAAGUGGCAUUGUGACUUCUGUGUGGAAGCAGUCUUGUGAGAGAAAACAUGGUUCUAAGAGACUCUCCACAUCAACCCAUGAAGCUGUGCAAGUGUCAUCAUCCAAACAGCUGAGAUCAAUUUUAGCUCACACUCUAGAAUAGGAAAAGCAUCCUGUGGACUUGUAGCUUUCAGACUUGUCCAUCUCCCCAAUGUCCACUAAGAAAGGCAGUCAUGGCAGUCGUUGAACCACUUACAAGACCCAGGUAAUCCCAGACUCACUCUUGCUUGGUCAGCCUCACACUCUCCUGUUCUUCAGUUCUCCUGAAGACCAGGGAAAGAUUCCCAUCUAUCAUGCCCAACACUGGGAACACAUUCUAUUCCAUCUUUUGUUUGUUUGCUUCUUUGUUUUCUUAAACAGAAAGGUAGCUAGGAACACAGUGUCUCUGUAGUCAAAGGGGGAGAAGUUGUUUAAACAUUAGAAAGUUAUUUUUUGGGUUUUUGUUUUUUUUUUUCAUCUUGGAAUGUCACCAAUCCUGUAGCAAUUCUUCACAGAGGACUUGAAGAAACACUGGCCCUUGGUUGGUUCAACUUUUGAGCUUUUGGUUUUGUUUGCUUGUUUUGCAUUUUCAUGUACUAGGGAAACUAUGAUUCUGCUUGUUUCAGGGCUGUUUUUACUGAUUAGAGUUGUGUAAAAAUUAUUUCAUCUUGUUUGUUUUAUUUUGUGUGUAUUGUGCACAGCUGUAGGGGGGUGUGCACCGGUUGUGCUAUUCCUGACCAAUGGUCCACAUUAUCGACACAGACAAAUAAAGUUUCUCAUUGUUUCUGAGUCAA